CGCCCCGUCCCCUCACAGCCAUAAGAUGGUGGCGGGCACCCCUCAGCCUCCGGCCCUUCGGCCUGACGAGGCUCCGCGGGCAGAGGCCAAGUCUGCCCUUAAGAAUCUAAAAUCCUGCUUGCAUGGCAACACUGUAUACAUCAAUGAAGAGAACUUGCACACUGCUAUCAAGGACAUGGUCAAACAAAGUGCCGCCCCUCAUCAUUACAAGUCACAGGACCUCUGAGGUAUUUCUCCAACAGCAGCCACCAGUCUCACAGGGCUGACAAUCUGGUUCCUAGUGACAAUGCAGUUUUUAUCUGAGAAGCAAUAAAAUGGGAGUUUAUUAGGUGGGGUUUGUUUGCCUGUGACAUGAGAAUUUCCAGUCACAUAGGCUAGAAGAUUCUGAGCUUGUGAAGGUGGCACACAAACACCUACAAUGUGAAAUCUGUAGAGAAUUCCUCUUACUGUAGAGUAAAUAUCAAGACACCAAAAAAUGGACACUCAAUUAUUUUCCCCAUUAUUAGGAGCAAUUACAACCACACCCCCUGCCCUUGAGUCUUCCCGUUUGUUCAGUGAGUGGGCAGCAUGUGGAGAGGAUAUUGGCUCAAAAACUUCAUUUCCAGACUGCACAAAGAAAAGGGCACCAAUAAAUCUAUCUUAUUCUGGCAAUGGUCCUGAUAUGUUUGGGCUAGUGUCAAGCAUUUUAGAGGAGCCAAGCAAGCCAGAAGCAGUUACAGAUUGGAAUUCUCUUUCAAAAUUGUUCCCACCUCUGUGGGCACCUGAUCUUGGAAGCAAUGGUGAAUUCUCAGGGCUCUCAUCCAAGCAUUCUGUUGAAAAUAAGGAUUUUUCAGACCUUUUGGGCACACAGAACUGCUACCAGGAAAAGUCCCACGACGUGGAGAUGUUACACAGAGGUUUGGAAGAUCUUCAUUUCAUAGAAUCUUGGCUUUCUCCAUCUGGCCCUUGCACUCAGCCUGACAAUAUCCUGAAGAACAGUUACCCUGAACAUUCCUCUUUGCAAAAUAAUAAUAAUAAUGCAAUUCUCCAAGAAGGGUUUUCAUUUCAAAAUGUAGAUUAUAACCAGCACUUGGGCACUUAUGACCACGUGAGGUUAAAUGGAGACUAUGAAAAAAUUAGUCCCAGUUUUAGCACUUUUUCUUCUCAAAACAGAACAAAAGAAGGCAUCAGCAUUCAGAAAGAGUAUUGGAAAGCUGAAAGAGCAAGAGGCAAGGUUAUGAAAAAUAAUGCUCAAGAAGAAGCUAAGUAUUCCCCUGAUCUUUCCAAUCAGCCUCUUGAUGAUUCCUGGGAUAAAGUGUCCCAGGACAGCCAGCAGUUUUCUAAGAGACAGGAAAGCUUCACAGCUCCUCAGAGACUUCCCUCAUCUCUUCAUCCAUCUCUUUAUUUUUUCAAUCAACCAAAAAGAGAAAAUAAUUUUUCUGGAGGGACAAGCAGAAAACCAGAGGAAACCCAUAUGCAAAAUGGUCAUCAUAGCUUUAUUUUGGGGGAUGCUUUUAAUAAUACUGAAUGUAAAGUCCAUAUUCAUCCUAAAGAAUGCUCUCACAAAGUUCCUGAGUAUGAUUUAUCCUUAAAAAGUGUUAUGCAAAAUGGGAAUUAUCCGUUUUACCACAGACAGAUGUGGCUGGAUGGGAAAAUUCCAAAUCCCUUGGAUCUCACGUAUGGAAAGCAAGGAAUAACAAGUCCACAGUCAUCCUCAGGAGUUUCCACCAUGUCCAAUGGUUCUCCCACCCAUCAGUCUGUAACACAAUCUUCUUACUACUCACAGAUCUCUCCUUCACGGAGAGAUGGAAGGUUACAAAUACCCAAUGGAAUUUCCAAUCAUCUGGGAAUUUCUAAUUUCCUCUCAGAAAAUCAGAAGCAGGUGAAACCCACUGGAAGAUCACAACACGAUUCCCUGGCUAAUAAGGAAGGACACCACCAUAAACUCCCCAUUAACUUUCCAGCUGACUGGUUAAUGCAGCAGAGUGAAGAUCCUGAAAAAUACCACAGAUAUCCAAAAAAACCAACCCAAGGAAAUGGAAAUAAAGAUGACAGAAGAGGCAGGAGGAGCUGGAUUCCUCAUUUUGGGCACACAACCCCAAACCGCCAGCAGUUCAGCACCUUCCGAAAAAGCCACGAGCAGAGUGGUGGUGGUGGUGUGUCAGAUUUCAUCAGUCCUCCUUUUCGUCCUUCUUUCCCCCUGAUGUCUGAUUUUAAACAAAAUCCCAGCUUUCCUCCAUUCAACCACCACCUCUUUUCAUCAGGAAAUAAUUUCAAUUUCCCUCCCUCACCAUUCCCAUUCUCAGAACUCGUCGAUCUUUUUCACUACGAUGAUUUGAGUCACUUUAAUCCCUUCCUCAGUGACCUCUUUUGUGGGGAAAUUGCUGCUCCCUGCUUUGCCUUCCCACCACCAUUUAACAGGUACAGACCUCCAAGAAACAGAAAUGGACCUGCUAAUGAGCUUCACAGCCGACUGGAGGAGUGUUAUGAACAGUGGAGAGCUCUGGAGAAAGAGAGAAAAAAGACUGAGGCUGACCUGGCAAGAAACUUCCCAGGGAAGCGAAUUUCCAGCUCAAACACCACUCCUGUCUCCAGACUCCCUCCCAACCCUUCCAGAGUUGAUCGUUUGAUUGUUGACCAAUUACGAGAACAAACCAGGGUACUCACAUUAAUAGGAAAAAUGGAACAGCUUCAUGGUACUCCUGUGCACAGUAACAUAUCCAGAACUUUGGAACAGCACUUGGAAGCCAUCCGUGUGACACAGGCGAGGCGUAAGGAUGAGAUCAUUAAUGCUGCAAACCCCCAGAGACAAGGAGCACCACGGUUUAAUAAUGACAAAGAUGUCCUGGCUCUGGCAGCUGCCAUCAGGGAGUUGGCUGCUUCCACACGCAGGGCUCGCACUGCUUUGUGGUGUGCUUUGCAGAUGACUUUGCCAAAACCCACUGCAGUAAAACAAGAAGCUUUUGAAAAGACAUUACAAGGCCUUUGUCCUCCAGACACAAGCACACAAGAAAAAAACAGCUUGGAACAUGAAAACAAAGGAAGCAAAAAAGAAUAAUCUGCGGAAGCCUUGAGGAUUCUGGAAUAAGAGCAGAAAAUAAGAAUAAUGAUAAAAGGGAGGCAGGAGGAUGGGGGAAGGGCAGAGUACCCUGCAUGGUGCCAUGGAAGGGGUUUUUGAUGGGUUAUCAAAAAGGAAAAGGGUUGAUCUAAGUGAUGAGUGCUGCAGUUCUGCUACUGCGAUGUGGGUGUUGAGAGACACAUCUUGUAAUUGUGUUAAUGCAAUUUUAAUAUUGCUGGGAUUGCAAUGUCUGCUGCAUAACAAUUUUAUUGUUAAGGGGAACUAAACACUAGCUGAGCAUUUCCUUGUGUGUUUUUAUCCAGAGCUCUGGA